AUGGAAGCGGUGGAAUCUUCCUUGUUGGAGGCACUAAAGACUCGUCUUGACACAGCCUUACAUAAUGUAAUCCAGGGCCUCGUUUUCAAUAGAAUGUUGGAUAAGGUGAUUUCCAAGGGUUCCUUUCAAUCAAAAUCUGCUGACGUACGUGGAAGAUCUCUGUGUCUAAAGCAGACAGAAACAGAUUCUGGAUACACAUUGCCAUCUUGUGGAGCCCUCUCCGACAAAGCACGCUGCAGAGACCUGAAGGUUUGCUUUACUCAAGAACCACUUCGUUCAGAGCUGACUACCACCAGGGAAAAGGAUGAAAAUAGUCAUUCUUUGCUGCAAGGUGAUGUCAUCAAAGGUGUCAGGACGGGAAGUUGCAGGUGUGUACAGCAGUAUACUGGCACAAACUGCACCCCGGCUCUGGCUGACGGACGCGCAGCGGUUUCGGCCGCAGGUCGCUCGCUCUCUUCAUCCCAACUCCCUACCUCCUCCCGGGCCGCGGAGCGGCUGCCCCAGGUCUCUCCCACGGACGGGAACUUCCCGUCGCUUCCUCGCCGUCACACAACGCCCCGCGCCUUUCCGCUCCGGUUCCGCCUUUCCUUUCCGCGCUCCCAUGGCCGGGCCGCCAGCGCCUCCGGUCACGCAGCAGGUCGGGCGGGCGCGGAGCUGCGGGCGGCGGCCGGAGCAGGAGCAGCUGUGGGAGGCCGCCCGCUGCCUGGUGCUGGACGCGGACGGGAGGAGCGUCCCCUUCCAGGCCCUAAUUUUUUGUGUUACACCUGUAAGGAGUACGUAGAAGAUCUGGCAAAAGUCCCCAAGGCAUUUUUACAAGAAUCAAAUGUGAGGCUUAUAGUUAUUGGACAGUCAUCAUACCAUCACAUCAAGCCCUUUUGCAGUUUAACUGGAUAUACACAUGAAAUGUAUGUAGAUCCACAAAGGGAAAUUUAUAAAAUACUUGGCAUGAAAAGAGGUGAAGGUAAUAAAGCAUCAGUUCGGAGCCCUCAUGUGAAAUCAAACACAUUUCUGGGAAGCAUUAGGAGUAUAUGGAGAGCAAUGACUGGCCCAGCUUUUGAUUUUCAAGGAGACCCUGUUCAGCAGGGAGGAGCUUUGAUUAUAGGCCCAGGCAAUGAAGUUCAUUUUUUGCACCUUGAUAAAAACAGGCUGGAUCAUGUUCCUAUCAAUACAGUUUUGCAGCUGGCAGGAGUUAAAACAGUGAAUUUCUCAAACAAACCCCAGAUUAUUGACAUAUGACACUGAUGUAAUAUAUACCUUUUUUUAAAAUUUGUGCUCUACAAGAACAGUUCUCCAAUGAAUUCCAACAAGCAUUGGUUCUGUUGUGUCUUUGUGGGACAUCUGAAACCUUAUGUAGAAAAUCAGAACAUAGAAUAAAACUACCUGACACUAGAGAUGGAUACAAAAGUGCUAUUUCCAUUGAGUACAAGAUAAUAAAAACUGAAACACAACUGAGACUGAUUGCAAAAAAUCCUGGAGCUUUUUAUUGUCUCAUCAGACAAGCUUGCUAAUAUAUUUUAAAAAUCAUUGUUCAAGGUGCACUAAAGUGAGAAAUCAGAUUUUGCUCAGGAAGAACUUGGAAUUCUUGCCUCCAGCAGAUCAACACUGGCUUUCAGUCCAAGAAUUCUCAGCACUUCCAGUGCUGCACAGUUUUGCAGCUUCCAGCACUGUAUGACAAUUUUGUACUGAAAUACACCUUGAAAAGUCACGAUUUUGAAGACCUGGACUUAAGCUUAUGCCUACUUUUUCAUCUGGCACUGGCAGGAGUUAUGAAAUACAUUUCACAAUUUCAAAUAAAUAUUUUA